GGCUUUGCUUCGCUGGCAAGCUGGCAUCGAAGAAGGCGCGGCUCCGAGACGGGCUACGAGUCGAGCAUACCUCCCACUCGAUCGACGCGUCGACGACCGCCGCUCACGUCCCCUCGCGACCAAAACAGCGAAGACCCGGCUCUCAAAACGCCUCAAAACGCCUCGAAACAAAUCCAUCGACGUUCCUCGCGUCAAAAAGUCGACCGAUAGCCAAAACCACGGCUUAAAACAAUGGCGAGCUUGGGCAUCAACGACACCCGCAUCCAGCUCAACACCAUGUUCGGCAUCCAGGACGAGCCGGCGCCGAGCCGCCGGCCGCGCGCGAACUCGCUGUCGCGCAAGGCGUGCGCGAUGCACCGCCUGAGCUGGAGCAAGCACCUCGGCGGGGGCUUCCACCUGCGCCCCGUCGCCGCGCGGCGCGACGACUCCGGGAGCUCCGCGGGCUCGAAGCACGGGUCGAACAACUCGCGGACCGGGUCGCCCGCGAAGCUCGACGCCGCGGCGAAGCACGACUCCGGCGGCGCCCUCGAGGGCCUCGCGCGUGCCAUGCGCUCGGGGAACAUGCACGCGGGCGCCCCGGCGCGCGUCUUCAGCCGGAGCCGCCUCGCGCGGAACCCGAGCUCCGAGAGCGCGAGCACGUACGCGAGCGACUGGGGCUUCUACGAGGAGGAGGGCGCCCACGGCGACCAGCCGUCCCAGGAGCGGCUCGGCGGGAACCGCAGCGAGGUCGAGGUGCCCGACUACGUGCUCGAGGCGACCUUGGACGACCAGGUGCUCUGGCACGCGACGGCGGGCCAGCGGCCGCCGCAGCCGCUCGCGGAGCGGCGCGCGGCCGAGGCGGCCAUGCGCGCCAACUUCGAGAAGUCCUGCGUGGCCUACGACGACGGCGCCUGCCCGCCCUGCGGCCCGCCGCCGGGCCGCGCGGCCGUGCCCAUCCUCCGGGAGCCGUCGCCGUUCGGCACGUCCGUCACGAAGUCGUUCCAGUGCGACUGCUGCGGCGAGCGCACGUCGCUCAUGAUCCGCAUCCCCAAGUUCCAGAUCGUCCGCGAGCGCAGCGGCGUCGACCUCCGCGCCGAGUACCUCGUCGUCGCGCGCCUCGGCGGCGUGACCUUCGGCAUCUGGCGCCGCCACUCCCACUUCCUCGACCUCCAGCAGGCCAUCGCCAAGGAGCCCGACGCCGACGUCACCUACCGCAACACGCUCUGGUCCUGGCGCUGCCUCAAGCGCCGCCAGCGCCUCUUCCGCUGCCUCGACAAGGACUACCUCGCCGUCAAGUGCUUCCUCCUCGAGCGCUUCCUCCACGACGCGGUCUUCGAGUCGUCCUCCUCCGCGAUCUUCUCCACCUUCCUCGGCCUCCGCGUCUCCUAGGCGGAGGCCGCGAAAAGGCCCCCGCGCGUGGUAACCGCGUCCGGGCGC